GUCGCGGUGCAGGGCUGGGUCCGCUCUGUCCGAUCCCAGAAGGAGGUUUUGUUCUUGCAUAUAAAUGAUGGGAGUUCUCUGGAAAACCUCCAGGUGGUUGCUGAUCCCAGCCUGGGAACUAGAGACCUGACUUUCGGAAGCGCGGUGGAAGUGCAAGGGAAACUGGUCAAAAGUCCUCAUAGGAUGCAAAACAUGGAGCUGAAAGCUGAAACGAUUCGUGUGGUGGGACCUUGUGAUAUUUGGUCAUUCCCCCUGAAAAUGAAGGAGAGGCACCCUCUGGAGUACGUCCGGCAGUUCCCUCACCUGCGCUGCAGGAGCAACGCGCUCGGCUCCCUCUUGAGAGUGCGCAGCGAGGCCACUGCAGCAAUCCACUCCUUCUUCAAGGAAAAUGGCUACGUUCAUAUUCAUACCCCCGUAAUUACAUCAAAUGACUGUGAAGGUGCCGGGGAGCUCUUUAAAAUAGAGACAUCAAAUGAAUCAAGGGAGUCCACAGAAAAGGACCAUUUCUUUGAUGUGCCUGCCUUCCUGACAGUGUCUGGCCAGCUCCAUUUGGAAGUGAUGGCAGGGGCCUUUACCCACGUGUUCACCUUCGGCCCAACAUUUCGAGCUGAAAACUCCCAGAGUCGCAGGCAUCUGGCAGAGUUUUAUAUGGUAGAGGCUGAACUGUCCUUUACUGAGAGCCUUCAGGACAUCACGCAGGUUAUGGAGGAUCUGCUCAAGACAGCAACAAGCACUGUACUCUCCAAAUGUCCUCAUGAUGUUGAGCUUUUUCAAAAAUAUAUAGCACCUGCACAGAAGGACAGGUUGGAACAAAUGCUGAAGAAGAAAUUUGUGACAAUUUCCUACAGUGAAGCAGUGGAAAUUUUGAAGCAAGCUGCUCAGACCUUCACUUUCAAGCCAGAGUGGGGCUGUGACCUCCAAACUGAACAUGAGAAGUACCUGGUGAAGCACUGCGGUGAGGUGCCCUUGUUUGUGAUUAACUACCCCUAUGACCUCAAACCUUUUUAUAUGCGGGACAACGAAGAUGGGCCUCAACACACGGUUGCAGCUGUUGAUCUUCUAGUACCAGGAAUAGGGGAGCUGUGUGGAGGCAGCUUGAGAGAGGAGCGACUGCACUUCAUCCAGUCUCGUUUACAGAGGUUGGGACUCGCAGAUACCUACCAAUGGUAUCUAGACCUCCGAAAAUUUGGCUCAGUUCCUCACGGAGGCUUCGGAAUGGGGUUUGAACGCUACCUGCAGUACCUCUUGGGAGUGGACAAUAUCAAGGAUGUCAUUCCUUUCCCCAGGUUUUCUCACUCCUGUCUCCUGUAGCUCCGCAGUUGACACACACGGA